ACGUGUCAUACUACACAAUCAAUACUGGUAUAACUUGUUGAAUGCGAUAAUCAUUUUGCAACUAAAAAUCAAACUGAAAGGUUGUUUAUUCGUUGAGAAAGGUAAUCACGAAGAUGGUUAAUGGUAAAGUACUCAUUUACGGAGGACGUGGAGCUUUAGGAGCAUCAUGUGUGCAGUUUUUCAAAAGUAAUAAUUGGUGGGUUGGAUGUAUUGAUCUCACUGAGAAUGAUUCUGCUGAUGUCAACAUAGUUGUGGACCGUGAUGCUGAUUGGGUAUCCCAAGAACAGAAUGUUCUCUCUAAAGUAGAAGCUACGCUCAAUGGAGAUAAACUUGAUGCAGUGAUUUGUGUUGCAGGAGGUUGGGCAGGCGGAAAUGCAAAAAAAGAUUUGGCAAAGAACUCUGAUUUAAUGUGGAAGCAAUCAGUCUGGUCCUCAACUAUAUCAGCUACUGUUGCGGCCAACCACUUGAUGAGUGGUGGUUUAUUAGUUUUAACUGGAGCUAAUCCUGCUUUAAACGGAACUCCUGGAAUGAUUGGCUAUGGGAUGGCCAAAGCUGCAGUCCAUCAGCUCACUAAAAGUUUGUCCGAAGAAGAUUCAGGACUUCCAGAAAAUUCGUUCGUUGUUUCUAUUCUACCGAUUACUUUAGACACACCGAUGAAUCGUAAAUGGAUGCCAACUGCAGAUUUUGGGACAUGGACUCCACUGGAUUUCGUAGCAGGUCUCUUUCUUAAAUGGACGAAAGGUGAAGAGCGCCCAGCCAACGGAAGUCUUGUUAAGCUAGUCACCAAGGAUGCCAAAACGGAACUCGUAAUAGCUGAUUGAAUAAUCUUGUUCGCGUUACUCAAUACUUUUGUUAACAUUCCUGCUCUCUUGAUGUGAUGAAAAAUUCGUAUGAAAUAAAAAAAAACGAGAGAGUCAUCAUUCACUUCCGUAAUACAAUUUGAGCAUACUUCUUGAAUGGGAAUAACCCAGUGAACGCAAAUAUUGUCAAUAUAUAUGCAAAUAUAAUUUGGCGUGCUUAA